UCCUGCCAGUGCGGUUCUCGCUUUGUUGUCUUCCCGAUUUAGCUUUACUCUGGACCGCGGUUUGAUCGAUUUCUGCCGCUGAAUGAGAAAAACUCGCGCUGUGCUGCGCGCUGCUCGUCAGAGAGGAAGGUUCACCCGUAGAGCCCAUUGGCGAAGAGGUGUCACGUGACUACGCUGAGCCAAUGUUCUUCUACAACGGUGUCAGGACCUUGUCAGAAAGCGAAAUAAACAUUGGGAAACGGCGAGAUGCAAAAAGCGACCUACUGCGACGGCUCGGCAAUUUACAGUGGCUUCCCCUAUCAAAGCGCAAACGGUUUAGGUUAUGAUGCCAAUCAACAGCAAUAUCUGCACGCCCUUCAUGUGGAAAGUGAGUACCGUCGACCGGCCUGCUCCCUGCAGUCCCCUGGUGGCUCUGCAGCUCUGCACAAACCCAGCGAAAUCUCUGAAGGUUGCCAACGGAGUAACGGAACCCAAGCCCCAGUACCAGACAUCCCCGAAAACAACCAGCCCCAUACUGCCCCUCUAGGACCAGUUUCCCCCAGUGCCCUGAACCAAAUUCCGAGCAGUGAUGCCACAACCAAAAGUCCAGGGCACGCCUCUCCAACCCCAGCCACUAGAAAGCAAAUUUUUCCUUGGAUGAAGGAGUCCCGUCAGAAUACAAAGCAGAAACCAUGUAGUAACAUUUCAGUAGAAAGCUGCACUGAAGACAAGAGUCCACCUGGUUCUGCUGCUUCCAAGCGCGCUCGAACUGCAUAUACUUCUGCGCAACUGGUAGAGCUGGAGAAAGAAUUUCAUUUCAACCGUUACCUAUGUCGCCCGCGAAGAGUGGAAAUGGCCAAUCUGCUCAAUCUGACGGAAAGGCAGAUUAAAAUAUGGUUCCAAAAUCGCAGGAUGAAGUACAAAAAGGACCAGAAAGGCCUUGGAAUGAUGCCCUCUCCUGGGGCGCAAUCUCCCAACAGUCCAAUUGCUCUGUCAUCGGUUGGAGGAGGAGGGAAUGGGAGCGGAUAUUUAAGUUCAAUGCAUUCUUUGGUUAACAGUGUGCCCUACGACUCACCCUCUUCAGCAUCUUAUAACAAGCUCCAGCCCACUGCAUACAGCCUUCCUACGUCAUAUCCACCUCCUCUUAAUAAUUGCCCGCCUCCUCAGAAGCGAUAUCCGGGGGUUGGCACAGCCACGCCUGAAUACGAGACUCACCAUCUUCAAGCAAACAAUAAUUACGGGACUGAAGUGCAAGGUAGCCCAGUUUACGUUAGUGGGAAUGGAGGCUACUCGGAUUCAUUGGUGGGCAUGGGGGCCUCGGUUUUUGGUCUGACACAUCUACCGCACCCACCUCAAGGCAACAUAGACUACAACGGCGCUAUCACAAUGGGAAACGGCCACCAGCAAGGAGCGUGCGAUCCAAACCCGUGCUCAUUUACCGACCUUACUCCGCACUAUUCUCAGGGAAGAAUUCAGGAAGCGCCCAAACUGACUCAUCUGUAAUGUGGCUACAAUUUGUUGUUUUGCUGACUGCGUUUUCCUGACCUAGCUCAGGCGAUUUGUGUUGGUUUAUACUUAACGGCAAAGUUAUAGUUCCUUAAAAACUUAAAUUUCGUCACAUCGUGGAAAUGUGUUUACUAUUUUAUUUGUUUGAAGGAAAAUUGAAACAGGGUAUAAGAACACAUAAAACCUAUGUUUUAUGAUUCUUUUUUUAAAUGUGAAUUUAAAGCUUCAAAUUUGUUCAAUGUUUUUCUUUAUUGUUUUGCAUUUUGCACUUGGGUUAGAAUGCGUAGGAACACAACCAGAGCUUAUCCAUCAGCCUUAUCUUGGACAAGUGAGCUAGUGUCUUUCAGAUGUAUUUAUUUUGUUUUCCUGGACAAUGGAUUUUAAGUGUUGUAGCCCAAUCCCUCAAAGUUGGGAAUCCUCCCAGCCACAUCAGUGCUGAAACGUUAUGAUGGCACGCAAGACUGUUUAUUGAAAGCCAAUGUGUUCAAAAUAUGUCAGUGUGUGCGAAUGUUAAUCAUGUGCAGAGUCGAGAAAGACAUCGAUUAAACACCCAAAACUCACACUUUUUAUUUGUUCGAUAUUUUUGUCCAAUUCCAUGCUGCUCCAUUUUCAAAUAAAUAAAGAAAGAAACUGA